CUGUUCUGAUCUGAUCUGCUUAAUAUAAACCAGAGGAGAGAUCAGAAAGAAUUAGAGCCAGUACGACAAUACCAUCGGGGAGGGUUAUGUAUAAAUCAGGACCCUCAGACUUCUUCAAUUAGAAAUAACCCAGAACGGCAAAGAGACUGCAGGUGCCCUGUGUGGUGUGAAACAUGACUUUAAACGACACUAGGCGGCGAAGUAGCUCGUCGUUGACGCCGGCGCCCGUACAGCAGCGUUGGAGCAUUCCGGCCGACGGCAGGCAGCUGUGGAGGGGGGACACGCAUGUGGUGCGAUCGAAAUCCUGCAUGAACCCUGGAGAACCCUGCAGAGGGAGCUGGUCCUCUGAGUCCUCCGACUCGGUCACAUCCACUGAUUCCGGCAACAACCUGUACAGGGUGGUCCUGAUCGGAGAAGCAGGAGUUGGAAAGUCCACAUUGACAAGUAUAUUUGCUGGACUACAAAACAAUCUGGAGAACUGGGGCGUUUUGGGCGAUGACACUUAUGAGCGAACAAUCACCGUAGAUGGAGAGGGAGCUACCCUUGUUGUGAUGGACACGUGGGAAAAUAAGGAUGAAGACAACUGGAAACAGAAUCACUGUAUGCUGAUAGGCGAUGCAUAUCUCAUUGUAUACUCCAUCACUGACAGAGCAAGCUUUGAGAAAGCUUCUGAGCUUCGCAUCCAGCUCCGGCGAACACGACAGGCUGAGGAUAUUCCAAUUAUAUUAGUCGGGAACAAGUGUGACCUUGUGCGAUGUCGAGAAGUUUCUGUGGCAGAGGGCAGAUCUUGUGCUGUUGUUUUUGACUGCAAGUUCAUCGAGACCUCUGCUGCAGUCCAGCACAAUGUACAAGAACUCUUUGAAGGAAUUGUGCGACAGGUACGGCUCAGGAGGGACAGCAAAGAAGUAAAUGAGCGAAGAAUGGCACUGUACAAAAGAAGGGAGAGCUUCCCUAGGAAGGCCCGACGCUUUUUGGAUAGAAUCGUUGCAAAGAACAAUAAAAAAAUGGCUUAUAAAGUGAGAUCAAAAUCUUGUCAUGAUCUUUCUGUACUAUAAAAUGUACAGAUAGACAUGAAAGUAGUGACUGUUAAUCAUCAAGCUAUUAUUGUGAGGGAUAAAAAACUGAAAAUGCUGGAAAUACUGGCAGCAUCUGUGGAGGGAGAAACACUUCAGAUUGAUAUCCUUUCAUUAAAACCUUCUGCAUUUGGAUUACUGGAAGGUUAUGGGAUAAUAAGUCUAUAUUAGAUGGCAAUCUAUUGGACUCAGUUCGUUUACACUAUAUUUGAAUUAACAAUGACACAUCUUCCUGUGUUGGUGAAUUUUCUCCAUUGCCUGCCAGUGAGGCACCUCCAGUAUUAAUUUUGUAUUGCACCUGAAACGUGGACUUGCUUAGGGUUACAUGUCCCAAAAGGAAUUGUGACAGGGAAGUUUUAAACUACAAGCAUUUCUACCAUAAAAAGAAUUUUUGACCUGAUGAAGGCCUGCUUUUUUUAAAAAAAGAGAAAAUUAACAGUAAGAUAAAAUAGAGGUUGAUUGUUCUUGUUCUAUUCCAUACUCUGCCUUAUGAUACUCUGCCAAAGGUCACAAUUGUGUUCUGUCAUGACUUUCUGUUACCAUAGACAGUGGAACAUGACAACUGCAGUUCAGCUACCUGACCACAUUUAUCGCACUAAAUUAAUAUUUUCUUCCUUUAAGUGAAGAAACUUUGAAGCGGCGUUUGAGUGCUUGAUUAUUAUGGCAGCACCAAACAAAGUACUUGUCAGACAUGCCAAAAAUAGGAGUAUCAUUUGGUAUAGUCGUGUAAGUAUCCUCAAAGCGAGUCAUGUUGAGUUUCCAAAACAAAACCUUUUGGACAAUUACUUGCUAUUACAGUAAGGAUGAUAACUUCCACCAAUUGUCCCACUUAAGAAGAAAGAUAAGAAAUAUGUUUUGAUAUCUGAUAUUGUUGGUCUGUAUCAGCCACCAGGAAUUAUGAGGGGACUAUAUGGAAAUUAUUGUCUCCUUCCAUGACAACACAAAUGUCUUACUGGUCAACCUGUCUCCAGUAUUUUACUUGGUACAGCUGGGAGGAGAGAUGGGGCGAAUUUGUGUAUUUGGCACAUUAAUAUCUCAAAAUGCUGCACCCUGAUCAUAUUCACCACCAGAAUGGAUGAAAAGAGCAGGAGAUCUAAAAUUGAACCAUCAAAUUUUAUGCUAUUGAAGGAGAUAUACAGUUCAACAAACUUAUAGCAUAUGUAACUUUGUUCCAAUCCCCUAAAAGCUAUUAUUCAUUUCUGAAGACGUUUUAGAUUUUGUAACUUUCCAACCUUUUCACUAUCAGUAUUAAAAGUGUGCUUUACUUAAAAUGCCGUUGUUUAUAUGAACAAAUAUGAUGAACAAACUAAUGUCUUUCUGAACUGCAUUAUAUCCCUUUUGAAUAGGUUUAAUUUUUACUACAUUAUAUGUAGCUUUAUAUAUUUUUCCAAACAAGGUUUGUGUAUUUAUUAUGAACAAUCCAACCAGAUGUCUUUUAUAAUGAAAUGUUGACAGUAUUUUGUAUUUAUUUUGUAAGUUUCUACUUAGAAUAUUCUACUUUUAAGCAAAAUAAUGUACUUUAUUAAUUUUACUACAAAAUGAUUACCUUCAAAUGAUCACUUUGUGUAAAGUAUGCUGGUUUGUACUUCAAACAAUCUGUGCAUUAUGGUGAAAGAAGAUCUAUUGAAACUGUAAGAUUCUAAGCAUUAGAGUCAAUAACCUGGUUUUUCAAAAUUAAGCUUUUUUUUAUAUGUCCAGACAACUAAAUUCUCCAAUUUGGUUGCAGAGAAACUUUAGCUCCUGAAAUAAAUUUGUUAUUUUUCUUUUUGUCCAUUAAUCAACAGUUUUGUAUUUUUGUUUGUACAAUGUAAACUCUUACAUAUUGUUAACAUUCAGUGUUGUAGAACUGUUUAAAUUAUGAUGUUUUCAAGGAUGUGCAAUUUCCACAUAUAAAAACCAUGAAAAGCAACUUAGUAAGACAAUUUGCAGCCUAUAUCCCAAAAUAAUAUAAAAGCUCUAAUUUAUUUGAAGAAAAUCUGAUGUUUCUUUACUGAUUUUGAUUGAAUCCGUCUUAAGAGGAUUGAAUAUUUCAAUCUGUCUGCUCUUUGUUGUUCAGUUGAAUAUGCUGACACUAUGAGAUGAAUGUGAGUAUUUCUGAUUGUUUGGGAGUGAGAUGGAAAUUAGUCUCAGGUAGUUAAUGAACAAUAGGUUGUGGGAAAAUUACUAAUCUAUGCAUUCAUGAAUAAAUGACUUCCAUCAAAUGGCAAAUAAUUUUUGGAUUAUUGCUGAUUUACUUAAUUAUGUACAAUAGGUCCCCUGUACCCGUGGGGGAUAGACUUAGUGCGGAAGCCCGAAACUGUAGAUAGGAGCGAACCCAUUUAUUUAAAUGGGAAAUUUACCUUCCCAGUAGGCCCAUGAUUCCGGAAGGUUCCCCCUAAUAUGUUUGGGCCACGGUAAACCAAAAGUAACUGAAACCACAGAAAACAAUUACAGGGGGGUCACCCUGUAAUUGAUCAGUAAUUUUUAGAGUACAUGAAUAGAGGACUGUGAACAGUGACACCUUCAUUGAUUUUCAAUAGGUAGCUACCACUUUGAGAAAUGCAGGAAAAAAAAACUAGAUUAGUCUUAUUAAAGAAAUCUCGCUAAUGAAUAUGGUAGAAAAAUAAUGCAUGGAGAAUCAAGAGAUUUAUUUUUUAAAAAAUGCAAUGACAAAUUCCUUUUAGAUAUUUUUGGGAAAUCAAACAAAAAUUGUUUUGGUCCUGUUGAACUUUUAUUUAAAUUUGUUAUUUUAAUUUGCAAUAAAUUUCCUGCAUGAUGUUUAAUAAAGGGAGUGAGGUAUAAAUGUGACUGAAUAAGAAUCAUAAUCUGGUCUUGAAAUUGAUCCUUUAUUAUUUAGACAAGGUUUUGAAAUUGCCAUCUAUAACAGAACAAAAUUAAAUUGUUCAAUAUUAUUUUCUCAGUUUCAAGAUCUUCAUGCAAUUGACAAUUCAGUUUAUAUUCAAUUUUAUACUUUGUUUCUACACUUCAGUGGAGAAAUAAUAUGGCUCCAUAUUUGUACUGGAACAUUGUUUUUAAUCAGCAAAGUAUACCAUUCAUAUAACA